ACAGCAAGUAGCAGAUGAGCUGAUAGCCCUUGUCCACACAUCUACUGGAGAUCCAUGUCAACGUGAUGACGGAUGAAACUAUUACUUUGGACGUUUGACAGUCUUUCAGUAUAAUAAUUAUUAUCAUUUUCCUUGUUUGGUCGAAGAGUCUACACGUGGACAGUUUAUCAGUAGUUUGUAGUGUUUGGAGUGUAGAUCCACGUGCGAGUGUGAGGAAGUCUAACACGAUGGCACACAGCUAUCUGUAGAACUACAUUUCUUGUAGACACUUCCCAGAGUUGGACAGGUGACGAGAUUACAACACGGCUGAGUGCUGAGCUGACCCGCGGGCUUUGGUGUGGCUGAGGCCCAGUGAGGGAGCCGGAGAGUGGAUGAUCUUACCAUGCUAGCCAGUUCAGUAGACCGUUGAAAGGCAAUAUUUGCAGGCAACAACGGAAUUGUUACUCAGACAACAGAAUUGUUACCGUGCAACUCCAGAACUGUUACCGAGGCAACAUGACGACAUCAUCUACUAAUAAGCUAUUGCUUAGCACUCUGUGUCUAUUGGGACAUGUGGCAUACAUAGCCGGUCUCGCAUGCAGCGUGUCUGAUUUGCAAUUGCCUGCAAAUGCCCACGUAACGCAUAAUGACAGCUAUGUGCCGGUGUUGACCACACUCAAUAUCACCUGUAUGCGUGGUUAUAGGUCAAGUGCAGGCGCAUUGUCGGCUCAGUGUCUUCUGGGACCCACAUGGGGUCCGGUCAAGUCAUCCUGCCUUGCGAUUGAUUGCGGUCCGCCGACACCAGAUAAAAACAGUCACUUUACCGGCAAAGUGUUUACGUAUGGAUCAAAUGUCACACUCACCUGCAACGAGGGCUAUUUUACAACUGGUGGAGAUACGAUCUUGACAUGCGACGACUCUGUCGUGCUUGCCCCGGCGGGUACUGCUGUUGUUAGUGGUGGUGGUGGUGAUAGUGGUGGUGGUAUUUGGAAAGGCAAUCCCAUCUCGUGUCAAUCUAACAGAACUGUAGCAAGUGGAAACAGUGAAGAGACGAAGACGAAUAUUUUCAUUGCCAUCACCGUAAUAUUGACAGUAACACUCGUUGCUCUGCUGGUCAUGAAUGUUGCCAUGGAGACCAAAGAUCCAGAAACCGAUGUGCUAUCGCAUUUGUACAUGGUUGCUGAAAAGGCUAUUGGCCGAUAACUUGCCUGUCGACGAUCAAGGCGGAACAUUGCAACUUGCAACUUGUAAUCUGCAUCACCUCUUCUCCACUAGCUACUCACAGUACGCUAAUUCAGUUGUACUCUUAAUUGCUCUGAUUACAUUGCUUUCUCCAGGCCGACUUUUCGUACACUGGUUUACAUUACACCAAUCCGUAAGCUGUAGCUGUGAGCGGUUUUCCUGAUUAUCCACUUACUCCCCCUGCCCUCUCACAUGCUCACUUCCUUGCAUGCACGCACGCACACACACACACACACACACACACGCACACACGCACACACACACACACACACACACACACACACACACACACACACACACACACACACAUACUGGCACCCACCCACACAAACACAUAUUUGUGAAGAAAGGAUGUCGCAGGUAAAACAAAUUUAAUUAAAUGACCUGUCCCUAAAAUGGAUUUGCGAUGUUGGAAAAUGUGACGUUGAAGAGCGACAAUAGCUGUUUGCCUCGUUCAUUUACUUGAUUCGAUCUUCUACCAUUUCAAAGUGUGCAUGACAGUCACCUGCACUUGGUCCGCAUUAUCCAGCUGCGCGCAAAUGUUUCGCUUGUUUUCGUGGAGAUUGCGACUACCUUCCCCUCCCUAACGUUAGUUCAUAGCUUAGAACAUUCCAAGUUAGAAGGCUGUUGUGUUUCGCGUUCACCACGCGAUGGAGCAUAACAUCAGGUAGUUGUGCAUGUAUGUCAGUCAUAUUAUAUCAGUCCUAACUGUAGCCCGUUCUGUCUCACCAGUGACUUGGUGGCAUGUGUUGGACAGUUGCGGAUAGCAUGCAACCUUUUUGGUCUUUUCUUUCUAAAUUUAAUACAUUUAAUCAGCAAAACAAUCAAUACAAUAGAAUUCAAAAGAUUUUCUUUAGUUUUUCAAUAUGGACAAUAAC